AUGGCCCAGAGUGACUUCCUCUACCCAGAAAACCCAAGGAGGCGGCAGGAAGUGAACCGCCUUCACCAGCAGCUCCUAGACUGCUUGGCUGACAGCUUCCAGGUCACCAACAAGCUGACCGGGGUUCUGAACACCCACUUGGGCUGUAGGCUGGCCUUCAUUGAGAUGAAAAGAGAUGGAACCAUCAAAGAAAACUGUGACAUCAUCAUCCAAGCUGUGAUACACAUCCAAAAGGAACUGCAAAAGGUUGACGAGGCACUGAAAGAGAAGCUAGAGCCGACCCUUUACAGGAAACUUCAGGAUAUCAAGGAGCGGGAGACAGAGAAGAUCGCAAUCGUGCAAAAGGUCAUCUCUGUCGUCCUGGGAGAAGCUACAUCUGCAGCCAGUGCGGUGGCUGUUAAACUCGUGGGCUCCAGUGUCACCACUGGCAUAAUUAACAAGCUGGUCACCGUGCUAGCUCACAUCGGGACUUCCCUCCUUGGUAGCAUCGGCGUUGCCGUGCUUGGUCUUGGCAUAGAUAUGGUCAUCCGUGCCAUCUUGGGAGCAGUGGAGAGGACGCAGCUUCAAGCAGCCAUCAGAAGCUACGAGAAGCAUCUGGUGGAGUUCAAGGCAGCUUCGGAAAGGUACCAUCAGGCCAUCACUGAGGUCACCAGUGCCGUGAAACGCCAGAUAAGAUGA